AUGAAGUCAACUCUCAUCCUCGCCUUGGCUACUCUCGCCAUUGCCGCUCCCACCGGCACUGUCGAGAAUCGCGACCUGCCCGGUUUCGACGGCAGCGGUUCUGGCAUCGAAGAUGCCUGGAAGGCUCUCAUCCCAGGACUCUCUGGGUCUGACAGCGCCGACAGCUCUAGCCCCACGGACACCCCGUCAGCCAAUGCAAUUGGCAUCCCCGGUUUGGCCGCGGGCGGUUCAACCGAGAACGGCGUUGUCCAGAACGCCGGCUGCAAGGAGUUCACGUACAUCUUCGCGCGUGGAACCACCGAGCCCGGUAACAUGGGCGUGGUUAUUGGACCCCCACUCGCCACGAAGUUGCGGUCUCUGACUGGUGACAAGGUCACCGUGCAGGGUGUGACUUACCCGGCCUCUGUUGGGGGCAACGCUCAGAUGGGCGGAAGCGGCGGUCCUGAGAUGGCUCAGCUCGUCGGACAGGCUCUCAAGCAGUGCCCUGAGACUAAGAUCUUGCUGGGUGGAUACUCUCAGGGUGCCAUGGCUGUCCACAAUGCUGCUGGCAGACUCGCUGCUGGGCAGAUUGCUGGUGCGGUUCUUUUCGGUGACCCAUUGAAGGCUCAGCCUGUCGGUAAAGUCCCUGCCGAUAAGGUUAAGGGAUUCUGCGCCACUGGUGACCCAGUCUGCCUGAACGGUGGAAAUUUCAUGGCGCAUCUUUCUUAUGGAAAGGAUGCCGAUGCUGCUGCGCAGUUCUUGCUUCAAGCUGCUGCUUGA